CGUUCUAAUUGAUACCCACCGAGUUACUUAGCAACCGUUUCGGAUUUACAGUUUAGAUUUUGAGUCCUUUUUUCGUUUUCUUAUUAUUGUGAGCAAUCAACUAUGUUCAAGAACACCUUCCAGUCAGGCUUUCUAUCCAUACUCUACAGUAUUGGCAGCAAGCCCUUGCAGAUAUGGGAUAAAACGGUUAGAAAUGGUCACAUAAAGAGGAUAACUGAUAACGACAUCCAGUCAUUAGUGUUGGAGAUUGUAGGGACCAACGUAAGCACAACGUAUGUGUGCUGCCCUGCUAACCAGAAGCAGUUCCUUGGGAUCAAGCUACCCUUCUUGGUCAUGAUUAUCAAGAAUAUGAAGAAGUACUUCACCUUUGAAGUCCAGGUUUUGGAUGACAAAAAUGUCCGUCGGCGAUUCAGAGCCUCCAACUACCAGUCAACGACCCGAGUGAAACCGUUCAUCUGCACCAUGCCCAUGAGACUGGACGAUGGGUGGAACCAGAUCCAGUUCAACCUCUCUGACUUCACCAGGAGGGCCUACGGAACCAACUACAUUGAGACUCUUAGGGUCCAGAUCCAUGCCAACUGUCGUAUUCGAAGGGUUUACUUCUCUGACCGUCUGUACUCUGAGGAGGAGCUGCCAGCAGAGUUCAAGCUCUAUCUGCCAGUGCACAACAAGGAUAAAGGAGGUGCAGCCCCACUGCAGUCAUAACCACCCACACAUGUUGUCACUUAUUUGUGUGUACAGUAACACUCUUACGUACUUACACUUACGAGUACAUGAUGGUGAAAAAUUGUUUUAUGCUCAUAACUUCACCUAUUACAUGCAUACAUUGUUCAAUCCGUCAUACUUGUUAAUUGCCAUCUACUUGUAAUAAAGCUCA